GUUCAAUUAGCACGGCUAAUAGAUUCAAAUUUGCGUCGUCGAUCGAUUAAGCGAGCCAAACAGAGCGGAAUAAUAGACAUGUGGCUUGAAUUGAUCGGAACGCUCCUAGCGGGGAUUCUUAUUUACGAGGUGUACUUCCGGUGGACCCGUCGAAAGAUGUUUGCUUCCGUCCGGGAUAUGCAGGGUCCCAUCAAUCUACCGGUUAUCGGUUGCAGUUAUUUGUUCUUCGGCGAUAAAUCACCUAUUUCCAUAGGACGAGCGUUGCAUAAUCUCGUGACAGGAUAUACAUCACCGUUAACCGGAUGGCUCGGGCCUUACUUGGUUGUGAUCCUAGCCAAACCGGAACAUUGCAAAACGGUGCUCAACUCCAGUUCCUGUCUGGACAAAACCGUACACUACAGAUUCUUUGAUCUUGACGCGCUGCUAGCGUCGGAAGGAACCUUGUGGAAAUCUCGCCGGAAGAGAUUGAACCUAUCAUUUACCCCAAAGAUAUUAAAUAGUUUCUUUGGCAUAUUCAAUAAGAAAGCUCGACAGUUCAUAGAUGGUUCGAUGAAAUUAGCGGAUGGCAUCGAGAGAAACAUGUACACCGAAUUCGCCAAAUGGACCCUUGAUAACAUCUGUGCAACGUUAUUCGAACUCGAGCUCGAUGAUCAUGUCGAUAAAGAAGAGUAUUUGAAAAAAGUGGAACUGUUCCUGCCGCUGGUUAUGAAACGUGUAUUCAAGAUCCACCACUAUUCGGACUUCAUUUAUCAUCUAGCCAAUGACUACACCGUGUUCAGCACGUCACGCAGAAACGUUCGAGAGGUUACUGAAAAAGCAUUGGUACAGAAGUUUGCCGAAAGGCAAACCGCAACGGACGAUGGAACAACGACCGGUGAGAAGACGAGCAGAGCUAAGCCGCUGCUCGAUAUGCUGUACGACAUGGUCAGCGAUACUUCCCAGGCGAUGACGGUAGAAGAAAUGGCUCACCAUAUGGACGAAAUCAUCUACGCUGGCUUCGACACGACAGCAACCACUAUUUCCAACGUCAUACUUCUGCUGGCAAUGCAUCCAGAGGUUCAGGAACGUGUCUACCAGGAAACAAUGUCCAUUUGUCCCGAUCCAAAUGUGGAAAUCACACAGGAAGACUGUAACGAGCUUGUGUAUACCGAAAUGGUGAUCAAAGAAACCAUGCGGCUGUACCCUGUCGGAUCUCUUUUUGGCAGAGCAGUAACUGAGGAGCUCAAACUUGACGAUCAGUUCACCUUGGUGGAAGGAACGAUUAUCCUGAUAUCUAGCAGCAAGAUGCAUCGCGAUCCAGAGAUCUGGGGCCCACAGGCAAACGAUUUCAAUCCGGACCAUUUUUUACCGGAGAAGAUCGCACAGCGACACCCAUAUUCCUAUCUGCCGUUCAGUGGUGGUCCUCGAAACUGUAUCGGAGCGCGGUACGCCAUGCUAUCGAUGCGGCUUAUUUUGGCGUAUUUUGUGCGGGCCUUUCGCGUUCGGACAUCGCUACGGCUGGAAGAUUUACAAACCAGUUUUGAAAUGAUUCAACGAGUGAAAAAUGGGUGCCUAGUGUCUUUGAUACCGCGAUAGAGUUGCUAGUUUUGCUUCAAAGUUGCAUUUACUGAAGGUGAUGAAUAUGUGUGAUUAUCUAGAUAGACUAUUUAAGCUAGCGUUCAAAUUAUUUAUUUAUUUGAAAACAAUUUAA